CUAGUUUGUGAUUUCCGUGUAGAUUACAGUCCCCUGGGUCAGGUUUUAUCAGUGCUGUCCCUAACAAUGGCUGAAGGCGGACCUCCCCCGGAACUGGACUUACACUUCCUGGAGUGUCCAAUAUGUCUGGAGCGACUUCAACAACCAAAGUCCUUACCCUGCCUCCACUGCUUCUGUCAGGAAUGCCUCGGGACCUACAUCACCAAGGAGCUAUCUGGUAAAAUGGUGUCAGCAACGUCGUUUCCUUGUCCAGUCUGUAGGAGGAUGACCUCGCCAGUCAAUCAAGCAGAAAAUAAGGAAAAAUGGGCAGAACAGUUCCCGACUAAUGCUGUGAUCCAAGAGCUUAUACAACUUAAGGUAGGUUCGUCUGAACCACUGUACUGCAAGCCCUGCCAGACAAGAGGUAACCUGACAAUACCAGCGAAAUUCUGGUGCAAGACGAUGGACGUGAAAUUCUGUGAGACUUGUAAGAUACAACAUCAUGAUAUUAUGCACAAUGAAUGUGAUAUCCUAAAUAUUACUGGGUACGAUAGCAGGAAGACAAAACAGGAAAAGUCAGCCCCUAAAUGUGACCAACACGACGAGAAGCUGGUUUGGUACUGUGAGGACCACAAAUAUCUUGGAUGCAAUAUAUGCGUUUUCAAAGACCACAGGCGUUGUGAAGAGGUAUCAACAGCGACAGAGUAUUUUCAGAUGUUGAAAACAGAAUCACAGCUAGCAGACAUGCAGGCUGCGUUGAAGAAUGGAGCGGAGGUCAUGGACUUAUUAGUGAAGGACUUUGACGAACAACUCCAAACCAUCAUACAGAACCAAGAAAUCGCACUGCAGAGUAUCACAGAUCUACGUCAAAAGGUCGACAAACGACUUGACAAGCUUCAGAAGGACGUCACUGACAAGUUGAUCAUGCUGUUCAAAGAGGAGAAGGGGAAUAUGGAGGCCUCGUCACGGCAGUGUGAACGUCUGUUGAACAGUAUGCGAAAUACCCUAAAGUCGUCCGUUACAGCCGCAGAGUGGAACGACGCUAUUGAGGCGAUAGUGUUGUAUCAGAGAGGACAGGCAGAAGUGGAGUCAUGUAAGGCCCUGGUCACGGAGAUGAGCAAGUCCUUCACGUCCGUCAGCAUUAACCAUCAGAUUGUUCCCAGACUGGUAACCCUUGGCGAUGAGGCAAUGGGAACAAUCGUCGUCGGGAAACAACCUCGAUGUAUCCCUGGGAGCAAAAGUGGUUUUGCAUCUCCCAUGUCAGAACGCCGUGUAAAGGAAAUCGGAAAGUUCAAAAUCAAGUCUCCAUCAGAUAAGACAGAUUGCCUUGUCUGUGGCGUUGUAUGCCUUCCAUCUGAUGUAAUAGUAGUAAGUGAUCACAACAACAAGAAGCUGAAGUUGUUUACAGACACAGGACAGUUCCUGAACGAGUUGACCAUUCGUGGAUAUCCCCGAGAUCUGUGUCUGGUGAACAACAAUACUGUGGCGGUCGCUGUCUACAGUCCUAGUGGUGUCCGUGUCGUGAAAGUCGAGGACUCCAAACUCUCCCUGUCGUCUGAGAUCAACACGCCUAAUGGUAAAGACUGUUAUGGUAUAACACAUAGUGACGGGAGGUUUAUCGUGGGUACAGUUGGAGGAGACGUAUACAUUGUGACACAGGACGGAGCGACUGAGUUGUUACAUAAGUAUAACAACAGCUGUUACAGCCUCACACAAGAUCCAGUAAAGGGAGACACACUCGUCAGUGUCUAUAACAAAACCACAGGGGAAAUUGCGGUGUCCAGACUAUCGGCUGACAAACGUCACACGGAUUUAAUGAAGGUCGGUGUCGUGAUUGGUGCUAGGGGAAUAGACGUGGACAGGGAGGGUAACAUAUACGUGUGUGGUAGGGACUCACACAACGUCGUACAGAUGUCUGGGGACGCGACACACGUCAGAGAACUGCUGAUGUCAUCAGAUGGAGUAAAAUAUCCCUGGGUAAUAGCUGUUCGUGGUGACAAGAUUUUAGUCUCUACUACUAUUGGUAGAGAUGACAAUAAUUAUAUCCGUGUUUUUCAACUUUACUAGAAAGAAAUUUAAAACCAAUACAACAAUGGGCUGAUCAUUUGGACCAUUUGUUUACCGUAACAAUCGGAUGGACAAUGUUUGAACACGAAUUUAAAUAAUGGUAUUGUUUCACCACAAAACAUCUGUAAAUAAUACAAAGCGAAUGAGAUCCGUGUCCGUGUUUGGUUCUGAUAACGUCACACCCACAGUAUGUUGAAACAUUUAACACCACAAUAAACCUUCCCGAUCACCUUCCUGUGGAUGUUGUUCAGUCAUCUUUACUUUGAAUUUUAAACAUCUGGAAACAAUUUCUGAAAACUAACCGUAACUAUUAGUUUUGUAAGUUUGUUUAUACAACUGAAAUUAGGUCCUAAUGAUUCCAAGUUCUUUUUAUUUUAUAACCACAUAAAAAAUAUGUAAUUUUCAUUUAUUUUUUCCUUCAUGAUCAAGU